AUGGCACCCAACCCACAGGUCCCCAGCCUCGGAGGCAUCCUAGGAGGUGCUGCUGCUCCAGCACCAGCUGCAUCUAUCGUCGGAGCAGCUCCGAGUCUUGCCGCUCCAGCAGCUAUUUCCAAUGUCGCAGGAGCCGUUCCUGUCGCUGCAGCACUGCCAACAAAUGUUGCUGUUCCAUCAGCAAACGGUCUCCCAAAUGUCGCCAUCCCAACUGGAAGCAUCUUGUCCGUCACCGGCCAGACCGUAGUCCCACUCGCUUCGACUGCACUAGUUCAGUCUCUGGCUGGUCUGCCAAUCAACUCCGGCAUCCCAGGUCUGCCGUCCUUGGCCGGCGCUCUUUCUGGCCUGCCACUUCCAACGACCGCAUUGUCGCCAGAUCUCCCACUGUCGUCGCUCCCGACGAACGUGCAGUCCUUGAUCCCAUCUGGUGUGCCGCUCUCCUUGCCACUGAGCGCUCCCAUCUCGGUCUUGCCAUCGAGCGUCUUGGAGACUCUUCCAACUGGCCUUCCAGGCAACCUUCCCCUGUCGGCUCUGCCAAUUCAGAACCCGGCUCUGCCAACUGGCCUUCCAUACGUCCCACUCGAGGCCAUCUCGCCCGUUCAGGCUAUUCUGGCUACUUUGGGCGAAAGCUUGAUUAGCAAGCUCACUGAUCAGCUUGCCACGAUCAUUGCCACGAUCACUAGCGCAGUGGCCAAUGUUCCUGUUUCGGGCAAUCCGACUGCUGUACUCGCCGGCCUCAGCCGUCACUCGAUGAACACGGAGGAGUCUGAGAAGUCUGAGGAGAAGCGUCAAUUGCCUGACGUUCCAGGCAGCCAGGCCGUCGGCGGUGCUGUCAACACUGUCACCAACCUUCUCGGCGGUGUGACUGGCGGUCUGAGCGGAGGCGCUGCUGGCGGUAGCUCCCCACUUGCCCAGCUUGGUGCUCUGACAGGCGUCACUUCUGCCUUGACUGGAGGUGUCCUCGCCAACAGCAACCCACUUUCGUUCUUGACUGGCGGCGCCUUGAAGCCUCUCACUGAUGGCUCUCUGAUCCCAGUUGGCAGCAUCGUGGGAGGUCUCACUGGCAACAGCGGCGGAAACAUCCUCUCUGGUGUCCAGAGCUCUCUCGGAAGCGCCGUUUCAAACGGUCUCGGACUUGCAGGCAACGCCGCCAACCCUCUGGCCGGCGUGCAGAACACUGUGCAAGGUGCCAUUUCCGGCCUCACAGGCGGUGCAGCAGGCGGCAACCCUCUCGGUGGUCUUCUCUCCGGUCUUUCUCUGAGCGGUGGCCCGCUGUCCAGCGUUACUGGUGUGCUCGGUAACCUUGGUCUCGGAUCGAUCGUCUUGAACGUCGUUUCCCUGCUCCCAGUCCCACAAAGCCUUCAAGACAUCGUCACCUCCCUCGUCUCCACAGUCACCACCUCUCCCGCCAACCUCCUCACCAACCUCCCAACAGGCCAACUCACCCAACUUCAAUCCGCCCUGUCCCUGCUCAACCUCUUCUCCUCCCUCAACAUUGGCUCGCUCGGCCCUCUCCGCGACCUGACCAAUGUCCCAGCAAUUCAAUCCGCCGCCUCGCAAAUCAACACCCAGGACCUCCUCACCACUCUCUCCCUCCUCAAGACCCCAUCUUUCCUCCCAACCAACUUGGCUUCUCCAGGAGCUCUGCUCUCUAACCCAACUGAGUUGCUUUCCACGAUCCAGAAAUUGAGCACACAGGUCCAACAGCCCAGCCCAGCUGCUGCUUUCCUCCUUCUGCAGCAAAUUAACGCUGGCGGUCUUGGAGACCUCGUCUCUGCUCUCCCAUCUGCCGCUCCAGCUGUCCCAGCUGCACCAUCUGCUCCAGCUCUGCCAAACUUGGGCGCUCUCACUGGAGGCCUCAGUGGAGCUGCUCCAGCUUCCGCCAGCGCGAACGUCGGUGCGAAUGGCAAUGCUGGAACAACAAUCGGCAGGGGAAGGAUGAUGGACAAUGAGAUGAUGGAUGAGGAGGAGGUUGCUGAGGAGUAA